GAACUUCUUCCAGAUCUUCUCUCCCUGAUUUCUUGACUUUUUUUUUUUUUUUUUUAAGUUUCCUUGAUUUUUCCUUCGGGCUUCCUUUCCUGGUCCCGAUUCUCUUUCAAGUUUCAAUUUUGAGAUCUACUUCAACCCAACAUUCAUCAUCAUCAUCACCGAACAACAAAAUCAAGAUGCUGACGACGAAGGAGAGGUGUUUCAAUUUUGAGAUCUACUUCAACCCAACAUUCAUCAUCAUCAUCACCGAACAACAAAAUCAAGAUGCUGACGACGAAGGAGAGGUGGUGAGCUACCGACGGAGGAGAGGUGGUGAGCUGCCGACGGAGGUGCAGGGAGAUCGGGCUACUUUGUUGCUUCUGUUCAGCAGAGGAGAUGAGGCGGUGAUUGGUCUGGUGAGAUGCUGACGAGAGUGAAGUAGGGAGAUUAGGCUGCUUUGCCGAAGGUGAUGAGGCGAUGACUAGUGUGGUGAGAUGCCGAUGAAGUCACGGAGAUGGAGCAGGGAUGAGGGAGAGGGAUGGCCGAUGCGAUGCCGAUGAUGUCUUUCUACAUUUUAAUUCUUUUUUUCCUGGUGUUUUUAAAUAAUAGUACUUUUGAUUA